UUGCAAGACAGUCGUCAGCAAUGGCGGCUUCGAUAGUCUAGUCGAAAAAUUGAAGCUGCUUAUUAGUCUGACCAGUUAGCUUUGACCAAAUGUUGUUACAAAUACAUUUCCCGACACGUCUCCACCACCGUCAUUGCUCAUCAUUGCGUACCCGUUUCUUCGACACUUGAAUCGGAAUCAACGUUCUCAGUGCUCCUAUUUAGCCAACAAUUGUGUGCAUGUGUGUUUCUCCCUGUCUACGAAUAUACGACUACCACUACGCCUAACAGUACCAACAACCGGGGCCCGAACGAGUUCGUUGAAAAUGUGAUAUUGUUUUUGUUCACAUUGUUUCCCUAUUUUACGAAAAAUCAGACGUACUAUUAUUACUCGGAGAUAGAUGCAGGUAAAUUAAUUAAACUAGGUGACAUGCCCAGCAGCCGUGACGUGGAGCGUGCAGAACGUAAUGGACGAUUUAGAUCAUCGAGAAGGAGGGACAGUAUUGGAAGUGAUAUAAAUCGUCACAAUUUUGAAAAUAUAGACAAGAGACACAGGCGACAUGGAAAGAGUAAAAGUUCAGGAAAAAAGAAGAAGAAAAGAUCUCGUGACAAAUCAAUAGACAGUGUUCCGACUGUAGCGUCAUCUGUAAUAAAGCCGCUGGUUGAGUACUCCGAUGUGAGCAGCGAAGAUCUUUCGGAACCUGAGGCUGGAGAAAUACAGUCUGAAGAUAGCAGAGGUAAUAGUUUCACUGAUGGGGAUCUGCAGGAAUCCCAUCAUCAAAGACGAUACUACGGUGGCAGUCCGAGGCAAAAUCUCGGCGCUUCCCCCAUCAGCAUAUCCCCUUCACCUCCAGCCGGAGGUGGGCACGCAAACAGAUAUUUGUCACCCAACGACGAGCUCCAGCGAGUUAGAUCACCGAUGCCCGAGGAAUAUGAAGAAGAGACGCGUCACUACCCUAGAAAGAAGGAGAAGAAACACAAACGAGAAAAAAAGAAGAAGAGAAGCGUUAGCCCAUCCUCCAGCUCUAGUAAAAAGAAGAAGAAGAGGUCCAAGCGACAGUCGCACAGUCCUAGUCCCCAAAUGCCUCAAGAAAUAACCAUUACCCCUGACCAUGAUAAACAGAUGCAUCGGUGGCAAGAUUGUCCGCCAUUACCUCUGAAGGAUAGUACAUCUCCUAUAUCGCCAGCUACACCUCAAGGGCAGAGAUCUCUCAGUGACAUGGAAUUGGAAUCUCCGCCUGGAGAGGCCAGAGAUCUAACUUCACCCUCUUCCGUAGGGCUUAUAAGGCAUACGGAGUCCCCUCACACACCUCUACUACCUCCGAGAAACAUAACGCCGGAAGGAAAUAGGAGCAGUCAUAUAUCACAGAAGCAUAGCCCAGACAGACGAAAACAUAGUCCAAGUAUGCAUGCUCGACGUGGCAGUAUUAGCCCCAAUUCCGGACACGGGGGAGGACGCAGACAAGGCCAUCCUCACAGCCCUAGCCCAGCGUCAAGGAGAAGGGACCACAGUCCGCCUAGGAGAAGAGACUUUAGUCCCAGUCCUGUGAGCCACAGAAUGAGGCAUAGUCCUAGUCCCACUCAAAUUCGGCGAAGGGAAUUCAGCCCCAGUCCUGUGUCUCACAGACGGAGGGGAGAGCCGCUACCUAGUCCUACACCAAGUAAGCGAAGAAGAAGAGACGACUCAGACAGAAGGCACAGACAUCACGAUCAAGACAGGCGAGAUAAGAGAAAGUCGCGUGGAACUAGGAGUCCUGUGGGUAGCAGCAGAUUGCAGAAUCCAGUUUCUCGUUCACGAUCACGAAGUCCUGGGAGAUGGAGGAAAAUGCCGUCGCGAUCCAGAUCCAGAUCCAGGAGAAGAAGUCGCUCGCCCAAAAAAUCCCGCUCUCCAAGUAAGAUGCAUAAACCAGCUAGGAAACACAAAUCCAAGAGCCCAAGACCAUCCAGGAUACCAUCUCCACCUCCGCAUAGAACCAGAACUCGUAGUCCGACAAGUAUAGCUGCCAGAAAUCUCAGAGGUCGGGCAAAGAUUAGCGAGACGAGUCUCUUUGCUGAACUUGUUAAGGACAGAAAUAUGAGGGAACUCGCCUUAAAGAAACUUCAAGAAGCCAAAGAGAAGGCAAUCAGUCAAGACGAAGUGCAAAUCAUAGAAGGAUCAGAUGACAAAGAAGCGAGCAACACUUCGUCAGAGCAUAAAAUAUCCAACGAAAUAAAGGAAUUAUCUUCCGACAGCAGGGCACAUGCUAAUCUUGUCUCAGUCACCGAAGACGGUGCUGAUAUUGACAUUGUAGACAUACCUUUUCCUAAUAUUGUGACAUCUUCCCUUGGAAUGACCGAAGAUAGCAAUUCAAUGGCAAGCAAAACCCCACCUAUACCUGCGUCACUGGCUACAACUCCGUCGACACCGGUAGCAAAUCUUACCCCAAUACCACCGUCAACUGUAUAUAAUUCUCCCGUACCAAACACUACAAACAAUUUUCCAAUGGCUGUUGCUGGCAAUGGUGGCACAAUUUUUCCCUCCCCAGUCCCUAACUUGGCAAACAUUUCACAAUCUGAUCCUAACGGAAUCGCAGGUCCAUCGCAAGUACCUGUUUUGUUACCUGGUUCCGUUCCAGGACAAGUUCUACUUCCCAAUCUUUCUAUUCCUCCUCCUCCAAUUCCAGUUCCUGCUCCUAACACUGCCAUUUCUAAAUUCAACACACCCAAUAAUUUAGUUCCUCUCAAAUCUAUCGAUCCACCGAAACCUCCCAUAGUUGCAUUUAAAACUACGAAAUUGUCAAAGUUACCGCUGCCACCAGGAAUCAAUCAGAAUGAUUUAGAGAGCAUAGACUCUCCGCCAAGCCGCUCACCCAGUCCACCUACCAAGGGGCAGAAUAAAUUCUUAUCAACCACACCGAAACCUCCCACAAAAAAGAGCAUCAAAGAUCUACCAAUGCCACCUGUUGUUCCUGGAUCAGAAGACUUGAGUGGAGAGGAAGAUCCGAAUGCUACGCCACCGCGAGGAAAACUUGAUCGGAUAACCCCCAAGCCAAAACUGAAGAGGCCGAAAAUAUUGAAGAGACGAGGCUCUCGCAAUUGUCAUAUGCCAAUGUCAGCUUCUGGUGGCAAAGAUUGGGGUGAACGAUGCGUCGAUGUGUUCGAAGUUAUAGCACAGAUUGGCGAAGGUACUUAUGGGCAGGUCUAUAAAGCUCAAGACAAAAGAGCUGCUGUUCUUGUUGCCCUAAAGAAAGUACGUUUGGAAAAUGAGAAAGAAGGAUUUCCGAUAACGGCAGUUCGGGAAAUUAAAAUCCUGCGACAAUUAAACCAUAAAAAUAUUGUCAACCUGAGAGAAAUCGUUACCGACAAGCAAGAUGCUCUAGAUUUCCGAAAGGACAAGGGUUCAUUUUAUCUCGUUUUCGAGUACAUGGACCAUGACCUAAUGGGAUUACUGGAAUCCGGAAUGGUAGACUUUAACGAAAUGAACAAUGCCAGUAUCAUGAAGCAGUUAUUGGAUGGUUUGAACUACUGCCACAGCAAAAAUUUCUUACAUCGAGACAUCAAGUGUUCAAAUAUAUUGAUGAAUAACAAAGGUGAAGUAAAACUGGCUGACUUCGGUCUUGCUAGAUUGUACAAUGCGGAAGACAGGCAGAGACCUUACACCAAUAAGGUCAUUACUUUGUGGUAUCGACCACCUGAAUUACUACUUGGAGAAGAACGUUACGGACCAGCCAUUGAUGUAUGGAGCUGCGGUUGCAUACUUGGUGAACUGUUUUCCAAGAAGCCUCUUUUCCAGGCGAAUGUGGAGAUGAUGCAGCUGGAAAUGAUCUCGCGAGUUUGCGGUACACCGACACCAGCCGUUUGGCCAUCUGUGAUAAAAUUGCCUUUAUGGCAUAUGCUAAAGCCCAAAAAGUCGCACAGACGACGUCUGAGAGAGGACUUCUCCUUCAUGCCUGCAUCGGCUCUGGAUCUUCUAGAUAAAAUGCUGGAACUAGAUCCGGACAAACGGAUCACAGCUGCUGAUGCUCUGAAAAGUGCUUGGCUGAAAAAUAUCCAACCAGAACAGAUGCCAGCACCCCAACUCCCGACAUGGCAAGACUGUCACGAGCUUUGGAGUAAGAAACGCAGACGUCAGUUACGAGAACAGCAGGAAGUUUCCGGAGGGAAGAUCCCGCUCCUCCCUCUCCCUAACAAAGGUGGCCCCCACAAGGCUGUUGAGGACUUGUCGGAUGUCGGGGGGUCAUCCAAAAGGUUAAAGAUGGAGGCAGGAUAUAAUUCCCAUGGAAAUCGUAUCGGUGCUGAACCUCCGUUUGGAGGUGAAAGUUUGUUUAAUCGGAGUGCUCCAUUUUUAGUCUCCCCAUCGUCGUACUACUACAGCAGUCCAUUGCCUGUCAAAUCACGGGGCAAUCAAAAGCAAGGAGACGCCAGCUCCCAUUAUUUGGACCAAAACACUGAGGACAGUCUGGCACGAAAAUUAAAUUGCCUUGCUAGUGCUUUGGCUCAUGGCAGGCCAAUACGUGUCGACGAUCUAAUGUCGCUUCGCUCAGAUAACGACGGUGAUCAAAAAGCUGCUCAAUUAGUGGGUGACCUGCACUCUGAGCUACGUCUUGCGGCGAGUACAAGAGCAACUGGUAGAUUAGAAUCGCACCUACCGGUAUUCAACCCACUGCCAACAGAAACAAGUGUAGGACAAAAGAGUGGGUUCGAUGCUCAUGCUGUCUACGCAGGCGACGAUGCGGUCAGCACGGUCAGGUGGUCUCAAUUAGCCACAGCUGGUGUACGCAGCGCAUUGUCCGCUCUAAUGUCACGCUAUGGUUUGGAAACCUACAAUCCUUCCCCUGCCACAACCCGACCCCCAGGUAAAGCGAUCAUGGGCCCGUUGCAGACCCUAAACCACCCCUCAACUUCGGCCCAAACUACAUAUGGUUCUCAGUAAACUGUACAUAUAAAGAUUUAGCCUAAUCUGUAGCUAUUCUGUUUAGGAUUCGAUCAAAAAACAAAUUUGAAUACCUUUUUAAUCGCAGUAUGAACGCGUGUAUAAUUUAUGCAUCAGACAUUUUUAAGCUCUAAAAAUAAUUUCCAUAUCUAAACGUUGGAAGAUACUACUUAUGUUGUUUCUCUAAAAUUGUGAACUUCACUUCAAAGUUAACAGUUUUUAUAGUAUAUACAUAAUUGAAUGUCGAAGAGGAACUGUGAUUUUCUUCAUACUGGAAUAUAAUGGAUGUUUUUGGUUAAGAAAUGACAACCUUGAUUGCUUAUUGCAUUAUUCUAUGCAGCUUAAUGGCAGGUUAAUUUUUUUAUAGUUUUUCAGUUUUUGCACUAUCAAUAUUCUACUUGACUACGUGUUUGAAGACCUUGGCUUGAUUGUCACAUUGACAAUAAAAAGUACAAAAGUUGUAUUUUAAAUUCUAGCCUAUCAGCGUUGACUCUAAUUAUAGCUUUGUUAUUAAAAAUCCUGACAUAAUGAAUAAUAACAUUGAAAAUCGUAUAUUCAUAUAUUUGAUGUAUAGUCAGCCUAAUUCAUUGUUCGAAAAAACCAAUCUAUUUCUUUUUUUUACUUUUGUCCAUACUCAGCUUGUUAAUGUGCUGACGUUGUACAAUAUAAAAACCGUUCACCAAUUAUUUUAUUUGAUUCGCUCCCAUUUAUAGUAUUAACGUACCGAAUAAGGAACUAAAAAACAUAAUAUAUAAAAUAUAUACCUAUGUAUUUAAUGUACAUAGGUAUGUACCCCGCCGAUUGGUUAAUUGCAAUAGAAGAGCUUAAAUAAUUUAGAUACGUGCAUAAUGAUAAUAAUAAUAAUUUUCCAGAGAAGACGAAUCGUGUAAUUAUGAAUUUUUAAUUUUUUUUUUUUUUCAUUUUUUCAUAAAUAAGAUCUUGUAUACAAAAUAUAAACCACUUACCCGACUUCUGUGAAAAAUAAUUAGGGGUGAAAUGUAAAUAUGUCUAAGGGUAUAAAAUAUAAAUAAAGUGACGAGAGAC